AUGUCCACUUCAGGAUCCCGUCUCGCAGGCAAAGUCGCCAUUGUCACCGGUGGCGGCUCUGGCUUCGGCGCUGCCAUCGCAGUCCGCUACGCCCAAGAAGGCGCCAAAGUCGUCAUCGGCGACAUCAACACCAAAGGCGCGGAGGCAGUCGCCUCCCAGAACCCGUCCGCAAUCACAUACCAGAAAAUGGACGUAACCUCGCUCUCCGAUUGGCAGUCCAUCAUCUCUUCCGCUGUCCAGACGCACGGCCACGUCGACAUCCUCGUCAACAAUGCUGGCACCACGUACCGCAACAAACCAUCGGAAGAAGUCACGAUUGAGGAAUUCCAGCGUGUAUUUGACGUCAACGUGAAGAGUAUAUUCUUGGCGUCGCAGACUUUUAUUCCGAAAUUGAUCGAUCAGGGUAAAGGUGGCUCGAUAAUCAAUGUCUCUUCCACGGGAGCACAGAGACCUAGGCCUGGGAUUAGUGUGGUAUAA